GCCACCCGUCUGGCCAUGGAACGGACCGAGCGUUGAGCCGUUGAGCGUAGCGUCGAGUAGACCGCAUCCAGUGUAGUACUGUUUCCUCUUUCAUAUAUUUUAAAAGAGUUCUUGUGUUGUGGAAGAGGUAAAAAAGUUGAAAAGAAGACAUCAGUGACAGUGGCGUUGUAACAACUUGACGAACAACUGUGAGAGAGAAAGAGCAAGAGAAAUAGAAAAGUGCGUGAAACACUUUACACCCCCUCCCCUUAGCGUCCUCUCCUCUCAUACGUUCAUAUUUUAGUGUAUACAGAGACACCCGGGAGGGUGCGCGCGUGUGGAUGUGUCCAGUGGUGUGGUCGAAGUAGCCUUAAGCACCGGUGUGUAGCCAUUUUUGUUUUUCUUCGUUGAAGCCGAAAAAGUCAUUUUUUUUCAUUUUUCAUCCGAUAUUAGUCUGUAUAUAAAUUGUGUGAAUAGUUUAGUUAUUUAAAUGCUCAGUAUUUUUGGUUAGUUAUAAAAAUCAUUGAGACUGUCCCGUCCAGGGUGAUCGGGCGACGGAGACGCGCGUGACAUGUCGGAACACCACCGCGUCGCCGCGGCGGCCGCCGCUGGUGGCUGGGGAACGUCGAGCCCUGGGAAUCGGGAGGAUGGAGCCGCUGGUAAUGCUUGGUGGCCUGGUAUUAAUGCUGAUCAGCAACAGCAACAACAAAUGCAACAAGCACAACAGCAAGCUCAACAACAACAGACGCUUCAUCAACACUUAAUGAAUCAGCAAGCAGCCGCAGCGCAACAACAAUUGAAUCAACACCAUCAGGACAUUGUCAGGAGUACGGCCGCGGCUACCCAACAAUUAUUCUCAUACAAAAUGGCCUCCAGCUUUCAAAACCCUGCUACCACCGGCGCACAAUCCAGUCCCGUUUCGACUACUUCGCCUGUUGGAACCUGCAUGAGAGGCGGAUAUGACUACAGGAUGGGUCAGCAAACUGGUGCUACCUCCGGUGCUGGUUCUGGCGGUGGCGCCGCUUCUCAGCAACCUAAUCCUCCACCUUCCGGUGUACAAUGGUGGUAUCCUGGUAGUGUAAUGGACGCACAACAACAGAAUAAUGUUCAUCAACAGCAGAUGCAAGGACAACAUUUGCCUUCACAAACGUCCAAUCAAGUGACCGCGCAUCAACUACAACAGCAACAACAGCUGCCACAGCAAAAUAAUCUUCAACAGAAUAACGCGCAAAUAAACAAAAUGCCGCGAGGAAAAGCAACAGAUACGAAACCUAGAGGGCGAAUGACUGCAUAUGCAUUCUUUGUUCAAACAUGUCGCCAAGAGCAUAAGAAAAAGCAUCCAGAAGAAAAUAUUGUUUUUCAAGAAUUUUCGAGGAAAUGUGCGAUGAGGUGGAAGACAAUGUCUGACAAGGAAAAGAAGCGUUUCCAUGAAAUGGCUGAGAAAGAUAAGAAAAGAUAUGAUGCAGAAAUGCAAAAUUACACACCACCCAAGGGAGAAAAUCAAAAAGGAAAAGGCAAGAAACGCAAACACAUCAAAGAUCCAAAUGCGCCCAAGAGAUCAUUGUCUGCUUUCUUCUGGUUUUGCAAUGAUGAACGUGGAAAAGUUAAGAUGUUAAACCCAGAAUAUGGAGUUGGUGAUAUCGCCAAGGAAUUAGGUAAAAAAUGGUCUGAUGCAGAUUCAGAAACCAAAUCUAAAUAUGAAGCUAUGGCAGAAAAGGACAAAGCACGAUAUGAGAGGGAAAUGACUGCGUACAAAAAGAAAAUGAAGGACGGGCCGGGAGUAGGAGCGCCUGCAAAUGCGAUUAAGAACGAGAGUGAGGAAGAUGUGGAAGAAGAUGAUGCUGAGGAGGAUGAUGAAUAGCGGAAGGACGUCUUAAAUAAUUAACCGAAAGAAAAAAGAAUGUUAUAAAAAAAUAAGAUGAAAAAAUACAAAAAAAAAAUGAGAGUUGGGAGAGAAUUGAGAUCGUGAGAGCGAGAUUUACCUUUCCUCCAUUUUCCACCACUAAUUGACAUUUUAGACUAAUUAUUAAUUAAUUAAUUAAUUGAUUAAUUAAGGAAAAAUUGGAAAAAGAACCUCAUUCCUUUGACAGACAACGCGUAAGAGUCUCACCUACUGUACAUACCAUUACCUUAGAGUGAGCGUACUUACAUGUGUAGGAAAAAAAUAUGUGUGACUAACGAUAACUUGAAUAUUACUUCACUUUUUCUCUUUGUGUAUUUUAUCCAUUUAUUUCUGACACAUUUUUACAUUCUCCUGCUCCCCGUCCAGUUUAUUUCUUUCCCUCAUACAUUGAUUUUUUUCUAUUUUAAAGUUAAAUAAAUUUGUAUGUUUGUGAAAAAUAAAAAACAAAAAAAAACGUAAUAUUGAACUAAGUUGUAAGAACGAAUGAAUGAGAGUGGUUUGUGUGGACAUUUGUAUUUUAACAUAUUGAUUGAUAGUAAGAGGGAAUACUAAUGAUAAUAAUAAAUAAAUGAAAAAAGUAAAACAAAAUAAUAAUAAUAAUAAUAAUAAUAAUAAUAAUAAUAAUAAUAAUAAUAUUAAUAAUAAUAAUUAAAACAAAAUAAUAUUGAAAACAAAACAAGCAGGAAAAAAUAUUGUAAUAAACGAUUGUGAGAGAAGACCACAAAUCAAUUAAUGAAAAUGCUGAUUGAUAAAAAUUAAAAGAAAAAUAACCAACGAGUUGCCCGAGGUGUGAUCGUUCUCUUUUUCUCAGUUUCUUUCAACUGUAGAAUAUAUGUAUAAAUUAAAGUACUUGAAUUUUUUUUUCUUUCUCAAAUAUAUUCUUUAAGUUUUCCAGUUUUUCUAAGUGAAACUUUUUAAAUAAAAGUUAGGAUAUAUAUAAAUUAAUUUAGUCGAUACAUUUUUUUGUGGGAUAGAAAACCUUUUUAUUAGAAAAUUCUUUUGUAAAAAAAUGAACCAGUCAAAGUUUAAUAAUAUUUGUAUACUUUCAAAAAUUAACAACUUCAUAGACUCAAAUGUAAAAAACUUGAUGGCUGGUAAAUUUUCUUUUUUGUCAAUGUGAAUGAGUGUUUUUAAAUAAGUGUACAAGUGUAAUUACAUUUGAUGAGAGUAGAAAUGAUAAAAAAAUAUUAAAUGGAUAAAUACAUUUAAAGUUCUCAUCACUGUUCAUCCUUUGUUUUCAUUAAUUAAUAUUAAUAAUAUAUAAAAAGUACAAUUUUACAGUAAAAUAAAUAAUUAAUUAAAAAAUAUACAUGAUUACAUUUAAUGAAAAUCAAUUACCGAAAAAUUCAUGCAAAAUCACUUAAAAUGCUGCCAAGAGUCGUUUGCCCGAAUGUACAGCGAUAAUGUUAUUAACUAUUGUUGUUUCUUGUAUAAUUGACAUUCCUAGAACUUCCUAGUUGGUGUACAAAGUCUUAAAUUAUAUUCUUAUUAUUAAAACAAAA